AUGAGUGAGACGCCAUCUCAACCUACAACAACUCCUGCUCGUCGCCGGAAUGGCCGUAACGGCCGUCCUGCAGCUCAGAAGGCCUAUGCCUCCGAGAACGACGUUGCCACUAUUGAUCCCGCGCGAUAUGAUCGUGCACCACGCACUCCUCAGAAAGGAGCUGGCACCGAUACUCCCAUGAGCCACAACUCGAAACAGCGAACUCGAAACGGCAGUCACAACAAUAACAACAAGCACCGUGGCAAAAAUGGCCCUCAAUCACCUGAGUCUGCUCGCCCUGGCCGUCAGACACCUCCGCAUCAAUCUUCUUCUAUGAAAUCCAUCUCUGCCUUCGCUGGUGCAACUUUCCAUGCCUCGCCUGCACCAUCAGCCUUGCCUCUUCCCAGCUUUGUGUCUCGACCAUUGACUGAGUCGCCCAGUGUCAGCAAGACAUCACGGGAUAUCAUCCAGGAGCCUUCUCCUCCCACUGACACCGAGGCGCCAACCCCCUUGCGUCAGACUUCGUCAGGUGUUCAGGAAUCUCCUCUUGAUUUCAUGUUCCGUGCCCACCGCCAAGAGAAGGAACGUCAACGCAGUGAUAGCACUGGCAGCUUCCGUCCUUCAGGCCUGGCUCAUGAAUCGCCCUCGGUGCAGUCUCCCUUUGGGCCGGGCAGUGUUCCGAAGCCGGCAACUCUUCCCCAGACAGCCCGCACCCAAUCUAGAGUUCAAUCCGGCGGUAUCGACAGUGCGGAACUGGAUGGGACUCCAGGUCGACCCAUGGGGCCAGCCUUCUCGACACCCUAUGGGGAACGUAUUAGAGCUGCUCGUUCCAACUCUGCGCGGUCGCCCGCUGAACUGUCCCCUCACCAACCUCGAACCAACCCCCAAUUUGAGGACCCUACCGAGGCUCUAAAGAAAUUUCUCUCCAUUGGAAACGGCACGACUGUAUCCCAUUCUGUUCCGAAUGGAUUCGCGCCAGCUCCUCCCGCCCACCAAUACGAUCAUGCUAGAAACGUUCCAACUGCGCCAGCUCCUUUUGAGGGUCGCUCAAACAACCUUCAGGCCAUGGAAAACGAUCUCCGCCGUAUCCUCAAAUUGGACUUGGGCAGCCCCUCUCCUUCAGGCGCGAACCAACGUCUUUUCUCUUAA